GUGUGUCCUCAGGAACUCUUAGGAAUCCUCUACUUGCAAAGGCAACCACUGUCCACAGAAGUUGAGAUGCCAGGAAAAAUGAUCGCUGUGAUUGGUGCAGGGGUCAGCGGCCUGGGGGCCAUCAAAUGCUGCCUGGAGGAGGGGCUGGAACCAACUUGCUUUGAAGAAAGCAGUGACAUUGGUGGCCUGUGGCGGUAUGAGGAGACCCUGGAGGAUUGCCGACCAAGCAUCUACCGUUCAGCCACCAUCAACACAUCCAAGGAGAUGACCUCCUACAGCGACUUCCCAUUCCCUGCUGCCUUUCCUAACUAUAUGCACAACACCAAGCUCAUGGACUACCUGCGCAUGUACACCGCCCACUUCCACCUUCGCCAGCAUAUUCGCUUCCUGUCUAAGGUUUGCAGUGUGCGGCGCUGCCCAGACUUCUCCAACUCCGGACGGUGGGAUGUGGUGGUGGAAGUGGAGGGCAAGCGGGAGAACCACGUGUUUGACGGGGUGAUGGUGUGCACCGGCCUCUACACGAACCCUGUGCUGCCCCUGCAGAGUUUCCCAGGAAUCGCGAGGUUCCAAGGCCAGUAUCUUCACAGCCGGGAGUACAAGACCCCUGAGAAAUUCCGGGGCAAGAGGAUCGUGGUGGUCGGCGUGGGGAACUCGGGUGUGGAUCUGGCCGUUGAGCUCAGCCACGUGGCUGAGCAGGUUUUCCUCAGCACCCGGCGGGGCACCUGGGUGUGGAAACGCGUCUGGGAUUACGGGAUGCCCAUCGAUGUUUCUCUUUUCACACGCUUCAAUGAGGUUCUCGGCAACAUCUGCCCCAACUUCAUUAUCAACAAAUGGGCAGAGUGGAGACUGAACAAGCGCUUUAGCCACCUCAACUAUGGCCUGCAGCCCAAACAUAGCUUCCUUAGUCACCAUAGCACUAUGAGUGAUGAUCUUCCAAACCACAUCAUCUCAGGGCGGAUCCUGAUGAAACCUGACAUCCGAGAGUUCACGGAGACCAAAGCCACAUUUGGGGAUGGCACAGAGGAGGCAGUGGAUGUGGUCAUUUUUGCCACGGGCUACACCUUUUCCUUCCCCUUCCUGGAGCAGGACCCCCAGGUGCUGGACAGCCAGCGCUCCAUGUUCAAGUUUGUCUUCCCACCACAUCUGGAGAAAUCAACACUGGCCUUCAUUGGCAUCCUGCAGCCGGUGGGUGCUACCAUCCCCACUUCAGAGAUGCAGAGCCGCUGGGCGGCCAAAGUCUUCAAGGGUGAAAGCCAGCUACCUUCAGAGCGGUGCAUGAUGGCCGACAUCAGAAAGACAAGACAGAAGUUCCAACAAAGAGAAUACCUCGAUAGUCCUCGGAACACACGCCGCGUGCAGUAUGUGGAGUACAUGGAUGAGAUUGCUGUGGAAAUUGGGGUGAAACCCAACCUGUUCUCCCUCUGGCUGUGGGAUCCUCAAUUAGCCAAGGAAGUUUUCUUUGGGCCAUGCACGCCUUACCAGUAUCGACUCCAAGGGCCAGGCAAGUGGGCUGGAGCCCGUCAGGCCAUUCUCACCCAGCAAGAGCGGAUUUUCAGGCCCCUGAGGACCCGCACUCUCUCUGGUGACCAGUCCUCUUCCGGAUCCUUUUGGUUGAAAGGCUCACUGAGUUUGGUAACAUCUUCGAAAUGUACUGAUCAGAUUUCCUGUGGAACUACUGGGCUGACUCCACUAGAAAUUUUUGGUGUCCAGGAUCUAGAUAUCUGGAACAAAUUUGAUGGCUUGGCAGUUUGGUCAGGAAAGGUUACCCUGGGUCGAGGUAGCAUCGAGGAUGAAUGUGGCAAGAUGAAGCCAGUUUCAGAACCCAAUAGGACAAGGCCCUCGAAGAAAUAUGCAAGUUUCUGCGUGCUUGGAGGUUUCAUGUGGGCACUUGUCUUGGAAGAUUCUCACAUGAGAGGAGGCACUGAAAUGGCAGCACAGGGCCUUUCCAUAGAGGGGUUUCCUGUCAAUGUGCAUUGCUUACUUUGGCGCAUGAAGCUAACCUGCUCUUGGGCCCUGUCACCUUUCCCUCCUGCAGGGGAGGAAUGCUCUGCCAAAGAGACCAUCAAGGUGGUCCCAGCUGUGCCUCAGAUGUGGCCUCAGUUCUCCAGUAAUCACUCAAAGGGAGGCUGA